GCUUUUUUGAUCUUUUGAUAUUGCUCGCGCUCGGUUUGUGUACGUUUUCAUAUUUUCAUAAUUUUCAUAGAUGUAGGCCAACUUAAACAAAAACGAAUUAAUUAAAAAAUACCUAGUGGAUUCUACCAUUUCUACAGUUUUUAAACAAACAAGCCGUCAAUAAUGUUACCAGAACUUAUUUCACACUUGAAACUGCUUCCGUUGGUUGAGAGCUGCGAAUCGGUUUGGCCGACCCGCUCGGAACUACAACUAAUGGCUCCGACCUAUGAAAGCGAUUUGCGAAAACUGCAACUCCUACUGGAUUGCGACCCGUCCCGCCUGGUGCAGGAAUCUGAGGAAAAAGAUGUACUCGAUUUUCAGGUAGCAUUCAUAGCUUGCUGUUACGAAUCCACAGCUUUCAUCCUAUCCGAGGAACUAGCAGCCGAACUACAUACUCUGCGGGAUGAGUUUGUUUGGGAUAAGCUCAUGCUGAUGACCACCAGCGAGAUUUUGAUUUCCCGGUUGUUCAAUUAUUACCGAAAAAUGCUUACUGGAGAAGAAUGGUACUAUCAGUUUGGAGACCUGUGCAGUUUCUGUGGUUUUGUAUGGGAUUUGGUUCACUUUUAUCAAGAUAUGAGCUACAUAAAUCGGAAUGCCAUGGAACUGAUCGAGCGGAUUUGCUGCCGAUUGAUGCACUCAAAACGACCUCAGCUGUUCGUUAAAGGCGUGAUGCUUUUGGAGGAAUGCAUACACAAAGCCCGAGGCCAUUCCCUGGUGGACUACGAGAUGGUUUACAAGGAACUGAACAGACAAACCUGGCGUUUGUUCGAGGGCGAUGAGAGAAUUCAAAAGGCGUGUGUUGUGAUGCUGACGGGGAUGUUGGAAUGCGUGAGGGUACUUGAGGUGGACAGGAACCAAUUGAUGACGCUGAUUUCGAACUUCACUCAAUUUAGUCGUGCCGAUGAAAUGGUGGAAAUCCUACUGAAAGGAUUGAAACAGUCGAAUGCCGUAGAAUGUUCGAUGGCGCUUAUGGACGUUUUGUUGCAACUGCUUUCCAUAGACCACGAAAGUCUACAAGUAGUGCCGGAUGCUUCUGUGACGGAAUACAGCCUAGAUGAGAUGUAUUUCCCGUUGGUGAUAAUGAACGAGAUGCAGAAAAUUGAUUUAAAUUCCACUGACUGGUGGAAGGACAUCAUUGAACAGAACAAAGGACGUUUCCAUCGCUGGACCAAAAAACUCGUCCGAUUGUUCAUCUCAGAAAUUGAAAAAUUUGAGAAUUUUCAUGUUGCGCAUAAUCAGUACAUCUCCUAUUUGAUGUUAUUCACUUUCCACGUCGGAGCAUCGGAACCACCAGAACAAGCGUCCAUCAUUUUUCAACAAAUGGUGACCUUCGCUAGAAAAAUGGUGAACCGCAUAGAUUCGAUGAUUUCUGGCGACAAACAGUCAACCAUUGAUUCCACCACACUGAGGAACUGUAUGCGGCUAGUGGCUGCAAAUGUGGCUUGCGUAAAGAACUACAAGCAAUUUAUAACGGUUGCUGAAUCGGGAGAUGAUAUCGACCACCUUUCAAAGCUCCAGUCGCUCCGUUUGAAUCAACUUCUGAAGAAAACUCGAUUUUGGUAAGCAUGAGGCUACAGUCUCAUUUUACAAUUGAUUUCAAUAUGUUACACAUUUUGUUUUAUCUCUUCGAUAUUCGAAUUUGUAAUUUAAAUGAACUGAAAUAAAAAUGGAUUGAUAACAUGA